UUCUUUUAAGUAUUAUGAUUUUAAGUAUUUUAGCGAAUUGGUUACCGUUGCUUGGUUAUGUUUAUGAUUGAUUAUUUGUGCUUUGCUUGAGCUAUGUUUUGAGGUGAUUUUGUGCUAUUUGAGGUGAUAUGAGGUGAUUUUGUGCUAUUUACCUUAAAGCGUUAUGUUUGAGUUAUUGUUAAAGUUUAAGAAACAAGUUCUUUUUAAUAAGUAACUCACCUUCAAGAAGGUGAAGUCGUUUUAAGUGUUUUUAGUCACUAUCGCCAGUCCGUUGCCUUUUGAGACAUUUUGAGAUAGAGCAUCAGUUAUGCUCUUGAGACUUUUAAGAUGAGCAACAGUUAUGUUCUUGAGAAUCGUGGUGAAGAGCUACCACGAUAAGUUUAAGAUGUUAGGGGGACGAAUCCUUACGACUCCCCUAACUAAGUUUAUGUUUAAGGAAAGCCUGGAUGGCUUCUCAUGCGUAUGAGUCGGGCAACCGGACUAGCUAGUGAGGGAUCCCCGUGUCUGUCAAGUAUUUAAGUCAAGAUUUGAGUUUUAAGAGAGGAGAGUAACUUCAACUCUCUCAAAGUUUAAGAGUUAAGAUUUUAAGAUGGGUAAAUUGCAAGGUUGGUCACUGAAAGUGCUAAAAUAUUCACGUUUGUUCACUAAAAGAAUUUUAUUCCAUUCAUGGUCACUGAAAGUGGUUAACAUUUCACGAUUGGUCACUCUCCAUUAGUUUUCAUUAACACCGUUAGUGGUUUGCUGAUGUGGCAACUACAAAUGUUGAUUCAUCCAAUUUUGACAUGCCACAUCAUAAAACCGGAUAUGCCACAUCGGUUUUACCAGUCUUGUUAGAUUACCCAUGACCCAACCCAUGACCCAACCCUCCUUAUUGACCCGCCCGACUAAAACUAAAUUUGCCCAAAUGAAAACCCCAUUUUGACCCACCUUAUAGUCCCUUCUUCUCGGCCGCCAUCAACCUCUAAUCCCCACCAUCACCAUCAACCAUCGCAAAGGGAUUCAACAACACCAUCAUCAACCCAUCUCUGCCAGGCCUUCAAUAGUAGCUUUGAUUGCUGAUUUUUCUGGUGACCAGCUCUUCCUCAAAGUCGAUCGCCCUUGUCUCCUCUCAUCUUUACUCCCAAACCCAGAAACGGCGAAACCCCAAAACUAAGGCACUCCCAAACGCGGCAGCGUUGCUGCUUCUAUUCGGGAACACAGAUCGUCAAAAAACAAAUUGAAGAUGGAAUCCGCCGCCCAGAUUUGUCGCUGGUGAAGACAGAGGCUGGCCACCACCCUUGGAUUCGGGCCCCGACUGUCUCUAGAGUUAGUUUCGCUCGCCGAGUCUAAAAUCGGCGAGGCAAAUAGGCCAUUCUGCCGAUCUAGCUUGACCAGAGAAGGCAGCGGGAUAUUCUUGAAGGUUCAAUCGGCGUCGGCGUGGUGCACGAUUGGAGUGCGGAGGUUAAGUUGUCGAUGGUUGGGGAGACGGAGAUGAUAGCAAUAGCAUUUUUUGGGAUAGACGAAUGACGAUUUCCCCUUGCCCUGGGGGUCCCGUCUGGAGAAAAUGAUGAGCAGCGUCGGAGGGAGGUCUAGUGACGGUGAGGAAGAUUUGCUGGGAAGGAUGCUUGGGCGACGGAGGGCGGCAUGCGAUAGCGAGGAGACACAGCGCAAACAGAGGAAGAAAAAGAGGGGAAAGGUUGAGGAGAGAUGGGGGAGAUCGAGGGAUGUGGAGAGGUUUGGGUUCCUUCGGUUUUUUGUGGUCGGGUUACGAGUUGAAUUGGGUUGAGUUAUGCUCUGCAGUGUGUUGGGUAUGAUGAUGUGGCAACUCAAGUUUUAUGACGUAGCAGGUCAAAAUUGGAUGAAUCAGCAUUUUUGGUUGCCACGUCAGCAAACCACUAAAGGUAUUAAUGGAAACUAACGGAGAGUGACCAAUCGUGAAACGUUAACCACUUUCAGUGACCACGAAUGGAAUAAAAUUCUUUUAGUGACCAAACGUGAAUAUUUUAGCACUUUUAGUGACCAAUCUUGCAAUUUAUCCAUUUUAAGAUUGGAAGUACAAACAACUUCCACUAGUUAAAGUUAAGUGUUUAAGUAAAGUACUCAAGUAUUAGAAGUAUUAAAACGUAAGGGCGUAGACUGACCCCAACUCACUCACCAGGCCUUAGUAAGGGAGUGAGCGAGAACCAGAUCGGUAGCAGCUAGCUAGAGGAGCAGUUAGAGAGCAGCGAGUUUGAGAGGAAAAGUUCGAGAGCAACCAGCUAGAUGUGGGCGGUGCAAGCGUCACGGAGGAUGCCUAGUUAAGAUUUUCAGUAGCAGCAACGACAGAGACUACCUAGUUAUUUACAUUUUAUUUUUAUGAGUAUAGACUGGAGAUCAGAUUGAGGUUUAAAGUUUGAGUUUAAUUUGCCCACGUGUUAGGGUUUUGCUCUGAAUUACAAGUGUGUGUUUUCAGUAUUUUAUUUAUGAAAUUUUUUUCCCGCUGCAAUUUAAGAUUUGAGCAUUUUAUUUAUCAAGGGCAUUUUAGUAAAAGUAGUACCCGGCCGGGUUAGGGUGUUUCAAAAACUCAUAUUCCUCCUAAAGUUCGAAUGUUUCUUUGAAAAGCAGGGAGAGGGAUCUUACCGGUUGGCUGCCGUUUAGUGGAAUGGAUUGACGAUGCUAACACUGAGUGCCCUUUCUGCGGGCUCCCUGAAUCCCAGUUGCAUGCUCUUCGGGAGUGUAGUUGGAUCCGAUGUUGGUGGCAGGACUGGGAAGGUAAACAAAUGUUUAAGAUUGGAGAAGGUAAAUCGUGUAUUGAAUGACUAAAGGAAAUAUGGGAAAAAAUUUCGACUGAGCAAAUCCAGAGGUUUAGUGUGGUCUUAUGGUACCUAUGGAAGGAGAGGUGUAACCAUCUUUUCAAGAACCCCAAGAUUGAUGAAGACCUGGUUAUCCCCAAAGCUAUGGGCUGGUUGCUAGCUUUCCUCGAAGCUCAUCCCCCAAAUUCCCACAAUGGUGUUGCGUCUCAAAAUGACAGAUGUGAAGGAUGGAUCCCUCCCCCCGAUGGAGUCUUCAAGCUGAAUUCCGAUGCUGGAGUGCUCGGGCAGGUGGGGGUGGAUUUUUAAUGUGUGAUCAGGGACUCAAGAGUAAGCUUCUGUGGCGCUACUGCGAAGAAGGAGAAGCGGGUCUGCAGACCCAUUGAACCGGAGGCAAAGGCGAUUAUGAUGGGGAUCCGUGAAGCAAAUCGACAGGGCUUUAGCCCGCUGAUUGUGGAAACUGAUUGUCAGAAGCUCAUCAACAAGCUUGGAAAAGAGGAGAAGGACCCUACUGAACUGGGCAUAUGGUGUGAUGAAAUCAGAAGGUUGGCAAAGGUGAAUGAGAUUAUCUCGGGUGUUUCGACGGUGUGGAGUUUUACCCAGAGGAAGAACAAUUCCUCAGCUCACUGGUUGGCUCACUCUUGCUACUGUUGGGAUAGACAAUAUGUGUGGGUGGAUGAUCCCCCCCUAUCUCUUCUUUAUGUGUUACAGGCUGAUUUGGGCCAGGCCGGUUUGGGCAAACUUGAUUCUUGAAUGAUAUGAAUACAGGUUACUAUAAAAAAACGAUUAACCG